AUGCGAAACGCAUUUGAGCAAAUGACAUCGUACGGAAUCUUCGCUGUGCUUUUCGUCUCAGUAGGGGUUGCAACUGCUAUUAUCAACUGUUACAGCGGGAGUAAUUCUGAUGGAAGCCGACCGAAAGAUACACAGCCUUGUGACAGUCAGUAUUGUACAAGGAUUUUUGUGAAACUCAAUGGAGUCAAUACCUACAAUUAUGGAUGUGAUCAAACACAGUUGUGCAAGAGCGAAGGAAGGUUUGUACCUUACGGAGACUCCGAGGUCUACUGCUGUUCUUGGGAUCUGUGCAACUCUUCUUCGAAGUUCUCAGCCUUGUUCGCCCUCUUCAUAUUUGCUUGCUUCAGCCUCUCUUGAAAUAAAUCUCUGUUUUAAAUUUUGCUUGAUAGUGUUC